AAGUGGCUAGAUGUCCACAAUGUCAAAACAUCCUAUUACGUGGGAACCCGAUAGUAUAGUCCCAGCCAGAGGUAAGCUGAAGACUCUCAUAUAUGAAACACUACAGAAAGUACCUGCUCUAUUAGGUGCCACGACUGGAGAAGGACUAACUGAACUUAAUAGCCUAGUAUUCAAAGACUGGGGACAACAGAUACAUGAACAUGUAAAAUGCUCACUUAUUGCAUUUUGAUUUUGAUACCUGACACGGUUGAAUAUGAAGGGAAAACGUAUAUGAAGCGAAGGGAAAACGUAUAUGAAGCGAAGGGAAAACUUAUAUGAAAUGUCAAGAAAAUCACCCUUAUUGCAGUUAUUCCCAAUUCUUAAUUUCUAUUUUUAAAAGAAGCCGGUAAUACUGAAUAACAACAAUAAAUUGUCCACUUGCUGAACGAUGGAAUGCCUGCUAUCACAAGGGAGUUCUUGAGUAGUAUCAGAUUCUGUAGCAAGUCCCACAUAAACUUCUAUUUUAAAAGCAGACAGUGAUGAUGGUUUGUAGCCCCUCAGGGAAAUAAAGUCUGCAUGUAGCCAGCGGGAUCAGGCCCAGUUCAUUUCGACACAUCUGGACUGAAGCAAGCUCACACACUUGCACUGCACUUACAGACAUACACAUUUUUUCCAGAGAAAUAGGCGUGUUCCUUCACUUGGUCCAUUUUUUUCUUUGUUUGUCUCUCUCUCACAGACACACAUACAGAUGGACAGAAACAUACAAAACUGAACACGUAUUGAUUGAUCCCUUUAAACAACCUCAUUAACACAUUUUAUAUUUGACUGGACACUCUUGUGAUAACUAGGUAUUGAAUGAAUAUCUAUUUCUUUGAAUUAUACAUAAUAGUGGUCCAAGCUAUGUAGAAAGUAGACGUGUUGCAUCUGAGCCAAAAUGGUUUUUGAACCACAAAUCUGAAUUAUUACCACUAGAGGGUGUAUCUUCUCUGCUCAACUCACUUCAUGCUGAACCACGCUGAACCCAACAGUACACCACUGAUAGCAUAGGUAUUUCAGACCUCAGAACUCAGAGUAUGGACCGGGCUGAACUUGCUUAGGUGGAUCCAUCUGCUGGGUAUAAUUAAUGCUGAGAAGAAUCAAUUAAAACUUUGAGCUAUCUUAAGCCAGAUGACUUCAGACAUACUGAGAAUAUGUUUCAUUUGUUUAGUGGUGAAGACUACUUCCCUUUUUGCAGUUAACAUUAUGUAACCAAAAAAGAUAGGAAAGGGAAGGGAAAUUGGAUACAGUUAAAGAGGGGGCAAGGAUCUCCUUUUUGAGAUGGCUUCCAUGAUGUAGAAGUUCACCAGUGGCAAAGCCGCUCACCAGUUUACUGUAGGAGGAGUUGGUGACUCAGAAGAAGCCAAGAGAAAGAGUAAUAGACUGGGAGGGAGAGGGAGGAAUGAAGGAGGGAGGAAGGUAUAAUUACAGGGAGAGAGACGAGAGAAGCUCCAAACAGUGAGGAGACACUGAAAGAGAGAGACAGAGAGAGAGAGAGAGAGAGAGAAAGAGAGAGUCAGAGAGCUGUGUAACCCUGCCCACUUUCCACAAAACCAUUGAACUCCGGCAGAGUGAGCUGUGCUCUGUGAGGCUUCUCCAGAGCUCUGCACCUCUGCUGCUCAAACUGCUCUCUCUCAACUCAACAGCAGGAUCCGACAGCAAAGGGGCACUUCUAUCAGCAGCGCCGGCAAUCAGCACCACCACCACCACCACCACCACCAGCAGCAGCACCACGUGGGACUACUGGCAUCGGUGCCAACUCCUCAAGGCUCAGCCUUCAACCUGAUCUCCCAGAGAGGAAAAACCCCACAGCGCUCAGACCAGACCUGACCCAUGAACCACUCCUUUCGCUGGACCAGCCGGCCACUGGGAACUGUCUUCUGAUGAGCUUCGACCACUUCCGAACCAUGACUUCUCAGACAUAGAAAUAAGGAUUAUCCUCUUUUUUUGAAUUUCUUCUUUUUGCUCUUCCUGUGUCAGUAUUCCUUCAAGAAUCAAUCGAACUCUUUUUGCGAAGCCGCAUCGCUGCCGCUGCCCUCUACGUCAAGCAGCAGUGUUGAAGGAGAGACCUAGUCGAGGUUGUCCCAUCGCCCUACUCAUCCACUCACCCACUCCCUCCCAUCCGCAGGAUGUCCGCUCUCUCACUGAUGACUGGGAUGUUGUUGCUUCUCUGCGGGAUCCUCUCCUGCCGCUGCACCCCGACCCUGGGCGGGACUGAGACGGCAGAACAGGGCGUCUUGCCCCAGCAGCAGCAGCACCAGUUCCACGACUCCCAGCAGGCAGCAGACGUAGCAACAGGGGCAGGAGCAGGGACCGGGGGCGGCGCCGCAGAGGACAAGGCAGGUGAGUCCACCUGUCCGUCGUGCGCGCUGGCCCAGUUGCAUGCAGAGGAGCCACCGCAGCAGCAGCAGGCGGACAUGGUGGAGGCGGUCAAGAGGCACAUCCUUAACAUGCUGCACCUGAGCACGCGGCCCAACAUCACCCGGCCCGUACCGCGCGCCGCACUCCUCAACGCCAUCCGAAAGCUGCACGUGGGUCGCGUGGGCGAGGACGGCUCUGUGGAGAUGGAGGAGGACGCCGCCGGCCUCGGGCACCAGCAGGGAGACGACGAGCAGCCAGCCGAGAUAAUCACCUUUGCCGAGCCUGGAGACAGCCCUGAUGUGGUGCAGUUCGACAUUUCCAAGGAGGCCACCUCGCAGUCUGUGGUGGAGCAGGCCAACAUGUGGCUGUUCCUGAAGCUGGCUAAGGGCACCCGGGGCAAAGGCAAAGUCAACGUCCAGCUCCGGCAGCAGCUGCCCAGCGCGGAUGGGGAGCUCCACGAGGAGCUGGUGUCCGAGAAGGCUGUGGACACACGACGCAGUGGUUGGCACACGCUCCCCGUGCCACGCAGCGUCCAGGCCCUGUUGGAGGGCGACAACAGCGUCAUGCGCCUGCGGGUGUCCUGCCCGCUGUGCGCUGACGCCGGGGCCACCCCGAUCCUGGCCACGGCGGCGGGAGAUAGGGCACGUGAGCAGUCCCACCGGCCCUUCCUCAUGGUGGUGCUGCGGCCCGGCGAAGAGCACCCGCACCGGCGCAGCAAGCGCGGCCUUGAGUGUGAUGGCAAGAUCCGCGUGUGCUGCAAGAAGCAGUUCUACGUCAACUUCAAGGACAUCGGCUGGAGUGACUGGAUCAUCGCACCACCCGGUUACCACGCCAACUACUGCGAGGGUGACUGCCCCAGCAAUGUGGCCAGCAUCACGGGCUCCUCACUGUCCUUCCACUCCACGGUCAUCAACCACUACCGCAUACGCGGCUACAGCCCCUUCACAAACAUCAAGUCCUGCUGUGUGCCCACACGCCUGCGGGCCAUGUCCAUGCUCUACUACAAUGAGGAGCAGAAGGUCAUCAAGAAGGACAUCCAGAACAUGAUCGUAGAGGAGUGUGGAUGCUCGUAAAGGUGUGCGUAAAAAUGACACCGCAUAAACUUGAUUCUGUAAGAGACAGUUUAUCCAUGUUUGUCCAGAUGCACAGGGAGAGUGGACACGCCAUGCUGACAUUUGACCGUACACAUGCAACUAUUCUGUUGAACUUUGGUCAACUGAAUUUGAUUUUUGUCUUUGGAUUAUUCCAAUGGGAACUCUUCGACGGAGUGAUCUCUGUGGCACUUUCAGAUUAAGGAAAAUAAGAGAAAUAUAUAAUAUAUUUUUGUUAUGAAAAGGGGAGCAAGAAUGAGAGGGAAUAUGUGCAUGGCCAAGGCAGAGGUGUCAUUCUUGUCACUUUGCACUGCAAUAAAAAAAGACUGCUGGCACGAAUGACCUUUGAACUAAACUGAACUAUGCAACUUGUCAAGUAUUAUUAUGUGUUCAUUUCUGUGUUUUGUGUAUUUUGGGGUGGG